GAAAUUAUUACUAUGGAGGAAAGGUAAAUAGGAAUAUUACAAUUUUGCCUCUAGAUUUUACGAAAUGCGCCAUGAAUGCAUUACUAUUGCAAAGCGCACUUCGUCCCUGCAUUCCGUCUUAUUCCUACAAUUACGGCUGCUGCUUGAGGGAGCCUCUGAGGAAAGGAAUCAGUGGGUGUCUGCUGCAAAAUAAGAUGAACCACAGUGGUUUAGAUUCUGAUGGUCGUGAGUUCAACAACUCCGACGAGAUGUGGAGAGAACAAGUCGGUGACCAAUCUAAGAAGACCGAGUGGUACACCAAGGGUGUUUCUUAUUGGCAGGGUGUAGAGGCAACAGUGGAUGGGGUGCUCGGAGGAUAUGGACAUGUGAAUGAUGCUGAUAUUAGGGGAAGUGAGGCAUUCCUUAAUACCCUUUUGUCUGAAAGGUUUCCUGAAACUAGCAUGAGUCGCCAUCUGGUUGCUCUUGAUUGUGGUUCAGGCAUUGGAAGGGUCACUAAGAAUCUGCUUAUAAGAUAUUUUAAUGAGGUUGAUCUUCAAGAACCUGUAUCUCACUUCCUGGAGGCCGCUCGAGAAAAUUUAGCUCCAGAAAAUGUAACGGUCUCAGACUCACAUAAGGCUGUCAAUUUUUUCUGCCUUCCUCUUCAGGACUUUACUCCAGAUGUGCAAAGAUAUGAUUGCAUAUGGAUUCAAUGGUGCAUAGGGCAUCUUUCUGACGAAGAUCUUGUAUCAUUCUUUAAGCGGGCAAAGGCUGGCCUCAAACCUAAUGGUUUUUUCGUUCUGAAGGAGAACAUUGCUAGAAGUGGGUUUGUGCUGGACAAAGAAGAUAAGAGCAUUACCAGAUCUGAUUCGUACUUCAAGGAGCUUUUCAACCAAUGCGGACUUCAUAUUUGGAAAAUGAAGGAUCAGAGUGGUUUUCCUGAUGAACUAUUUGCGGUGAAGAUGUAUGCAUUGGUUACUGAGAUGCCAAAGAGAGCUACAAGAUCCAGCAUGAGGAGGUCAAGAAACAGGCCUGGCCUCAUUAAGUGAGGAUCAUCAAUUCUUUGUUGCUGCCUAUUGCUAAUUGCAUUCUUCUCAUGAGUCAUAAUCAGAUUUGGAAUGAGGGCGGACCAUAGAAUUCAGCCAACCCGUUCCCGGGGCGUAAGUUCUGUCCUGGAAACAUUUCUCCCCAGCCCAGUGUAAGGUUUCUGACAGUAUAAUCUAUUCCAGGGGCUAUCUAUUCCACUGGUAUGAUGAGCAAGGCUUCUGACAGUAUUAUUUGUUGAGUUUCAUCUGAAAUAGAAGCUUAUGCUUCUCGUAUGCGAGCAGAGUGUAUGAUGUAUUAUUAUGAUAACAUUAUGAAAUUGACUUUCAUUUGGAAUAGUGGUUUUGUUGGUUGAUGUUGUAUCAUAGUUUGCUUAGGAAGAGUAGCGUUGGGACAAAGUUUUUGUCCAGAUAAUUAGCUCAGAACACAAUUCUAUUCUGUUACGCGAGGAAGAACUUGGUUCAAGAAUUAUUGCUCUUUUCUGUUGAUUUGUGAGAAAGCUGGAAGUUGAGGAAGAACUUGAUUCAAGAAUUCUUGCUCCUUUUCUGUAUCAAGAGUCACUGCAUCUUCAGUUGAAACAAUAAGAGAAUAAACCAAAUAUCACAGAAUACACUCCUAUCCAUGCUCAUAUAUAGCUUUCGAGACCUCAAUGCUGGUCUCAUGAACUUGGGAAAGGUUGAUUUCAUCCAACACUUCAGCUUCAUUUCAUCCAACACUAGAUCUACAUCCAAAAAUUAAUACCGACUAAAAUUGGGCCAAAACUCUGUCAUGAUUCUCUUGCAAUACAUCAAAACAUGUCCUUUUUUUUUUUUUUUUUUUUGAGAGAGAUUUGGUACUUGAGACCUGUAUUUUCUAACAAUUUAAAUGAGAUUAAAUACGCUACGCCGAGAAUCUGAUAAAAAAUUUCAAGAAAAACUAAUACUUUCAUGGUCUCUCCACAACUCGAUUUGAAAAUGAAAACAUCGUGCCGCCUCAGGAGAGUAUCUAAUUUCCUUGUCUUUAGAUAAUGCCCCCAUUCCAUAAAGUGGUGGACGAACAUAAUGGGGCAUUAUUCCACUGAACUUUAAAGUGAAUAAAGAAAUAAUUGGAAAUUAGUAAGUGUGUGUUAUUCAGGGGGAAAAAAAAAACAAAAAAAAAGAAAAAAAACCGUACCGUGAAUUCCAGUUGAACUAUAAUUUGUGCCACUCCAUCAAGAUCUCGUUUACCUACUACCACCACUGCCGUUCCCCCCUUAGAGCAAACCAACAGUUAUAGACGUUAUUAAUACGAUAGCUCUGUUUUCAGAGAUCUAAAUAUCUAAUUACCCUGCCUCAAAUUGGCAUAUAUAUAGAACGAAAAAUUCUUCACGAAUCUGAGUUGGAAAGCCUUAGAUCAAGCCUGCAAAACUCAUAUCUGUUGUAACCCCGAAGCUAAUCCCUACAAGUCUUGAACCCGGCUGUAUGUAUGCUUUCACUAUUUUUUAUUUCUUAUUUUUUGUAGGCUUUCAAUGAAAUGCAGAUCAAGGGAAAUGCUGUAAAAUGAAA